AUGGAGUCAAACAAGAUCACAUUCUAUGACAUUACGCCUCGUCCUCCCGUGGGGAAGAACGCCUAUGCCCCAAACCCUUGGAAAGCUAGGUUUGCACUCAACUUCAAGGGCGCUCCGUACUCAACGACAUGGGUGGCUCUCCCGGACAUAGCAAAAACGCGCACCAGCCUCAACGUGCCAGCAGGCCGCCAAUUCGCCGAUGGUAAAGACUUUCAUACGCUGCCCAUCAUUCAAGACCCUACCACUGGUGCCUUGGUGGGGGACUCGUUCGACAUUGCGCUAUACCUCAAUAAAACGUACUCGGGCGGGGGUGAUCUGUUCCCACCUCAAAAGCUCGACUUCGACUUUGAGCAUCCCUACAUCCUCAUACCUUUGUCGGAAUGCAACGAUAAAGAAUUCCCUGACUAUGCAAAGUUCAACAUGAACAUUGACGCAGCAUUCACUGCCCACCUUCAGCUUGGUGUUCAGGGCAUGCCAUUUGAGCCCGCUACAGAAGAGGAGAGCAAGGCCGAGUUUGUGAGACGUGCUGGAGUUUCAGGGUGGGAAGACUUCGUGCUCAGUGAAGAAGCGCGAGCCAAGUUACUAGAGUCUCUCGAGAAGAUGUUAGGCGAUCUGGCAGUGCUCUUUUUGAGGGACACCAACGGACCCUUCCUUCUUGGGCAACAAGUCAGUUACGCCGAUAUGAUCGUUGGCGCGUGGUUGCGCAUGAUGAGUAUCACCUUUCCGGAGGACGAGUGGAAGCAAGUUGCGACUUGUCAUCAAGGCGUUUUUGGCAAACUGCAUGAUGCACUGAAGUUAUGCAAUUGUGAUUUCUUAUAUCAAGAUAAGCACAACAAUUCAAUCAUGUCUUUCGAGAUUUAUACAGGUGCUUGGACCGACUGGUCACGAAGCAGAGUUCUAGGCGCAACUCUCACCCUAUCAUCGAGGGACGCCAGCCUUCUCCUCGCCUUCAUCGCAGCCUUCGUGACAGUCGUCGCAAUUAGGCUUUGGCUCAUCAUUGCUUUUACCACCCACCAGUUCUCUGCGGCUGGUGGAAAGCAUGAUGGACUUUAUUAUCAGCGGCAAGUCAUUCUUCGCAACAUCAAAUCCGCGCCAGCAGCUGCAUGGUUGUUUCUCCAACAAGCUUGGUACUGGCGCGGCAUCGUUAGAUCUUCCCUCGCUAGGACGAUCCCAUUGGCGUUGUUUUGCAUUAUGUACUCUGUGGGCUUCGCCAUUCUUGCUGUCUUCUCCUCUCAGAUAUCAGACUCAGCUUCUGUGUAUCGGCUUUUGCACAGUCCGAACUGCGGCUUCCAGAUGACUGACGACGUGUAUCAAAAGGCAACGUUUGACAAUCAGAGAGCCGCCCUCUAUUCUAAGGAAUGUUACGGCAAUACAUCUUCUCCAAUUUGUGAUACUCUACCUACAAGAAGGUUGGAUUGGGCCAAUUCAUCAACUGAGUGCCCAUUUGGAGGAAGGGUCUGCCUCGGUGUGCCUGCUUUCAAAAUGGAGAGUGGCAUGAUUGACACGCACCAUGAUUUGGGACUCAACAACCCCCAGAAGAACAGGUUGAAAUACAAGAGGCAGACAACUUGCUCUCCUCUAGAUACUGGCAACUUUACCCAAUACGUAAAUGGUUCAGAAGCGGAAUUGCUGGGCUGGCCAGACAACGUGUUGAUCAGAUACUUUUAUGGUAAAAACAUGAACGGCAAAAUUAACCACACAUACACCUACAACACAUUUGGACGGAAUAUCAAUGUUGGGUACUCAACUUGGACAUACUUCUACACUGACAACAGGAUCUGGCAGCCUAUAGACGAGCUUCUAGUUCCGGGUACAGACUUGACAAUAAUGUUCAUCGCACCUAACUCAGUCAUUCAUCUGAAACCCAACGAUGACCCGGUAUUCGCUGCUUCAAUUAGAACAAGUGCCCUGGGGGUGGCUGGCUACUUUCCCGAUCGCUGGGUAAGCCCUAUUGCUUGCGUCGACCAACAUCAGAUAUGCAAUCCCAACAACGAGAAGUGCACCUCGUUACUGGGUCGCGAUCGCCUUAUCGAGAGUGCGAUGGAAGACUCUAUGGCAUUAAAUGUCGCACAAAUUGUCACUGCACAACUACUCAAGCAUGUGUUAGGUGAAUCGAGUCCUUUUUACCACACAAUCUGGACCCGGACCCAAAGCUUUCUUCGUGCCCAGGAAAAGGUGGCCGGUAUCACUGGUCAACAACUGCCAUCGAACCAGUGGGAGAUAGAGAUGAGCGCUCUGUUUGACGACACGCUUGCAAAUCUACAGUACCAUAUGAUGGAAUAUGCAGCUGGCUCUUCGGCGCCUGCGCCAAUCAACCCGAUAAAGCCGUGGGGCAACUCAUCGGCGAACACUGCAUGGGAUACUGCCUACAAGAAUAUGUGUUACAAUCAGAGAACGAAGGAGACUCAGGGAACUCUAAACUUUUCCAUUCUCGGUCUCGGCUUACUAUUCGGUAUUGGGUUGUAUAUAAUAGUGCUCUCUUUCAUUCUUGAAUUCCUAAUGGCCUGGAUCCAGACGUGGUUAGGCCGAGGGGUAUCGAGAGCUAGGAGAUGGGAGAGAGAUGGUACAUUGCAGCAAAUGAGACUACUGUAUGAGAUUCAAGGUUCCGGAGAUUGGAAGGGAACCACUGAGGAUUUUCCGUGUACUGUGUCAGGCGAAUAUUUUGAUCAUGACGAGGAAGUCAUUUCGACUACGCCUGUUCAAGUACGCCGGACCGACUCUUCAUGA